CCCAGAACAACAUCCACAGAGCUGCAGACAUCAACACAAUCAGGAAGGAUUCCACUCUGACUGCUGCUCUCUGUCUUCUUCCUUUGUGUUUUUUGGUUCUACUCCUGACAUUUGGACACCAUGGCUCAUCAGCUCACACUUCCUCGAGAGAACCGUGAUCUGAUCAAGGCAGUAGAUAAUUCAUUUGGCCACUUGGGGAAGCCACUGUCCCAGCCGGAUCGGGUUCUGAUCGGACAGGGCAGACUGACUAAACUGAGUCGUCGAGGGCCCAAAACAAAGUCCUUCUUCCUCUUCAAUGAUGUGUUGGUGUACGGCGGCAUCGUUCUUAACGGCCGCUGGCACAAAAAACAGAAGAUUAUGCCACUAGAGGACGUCCAGCUGGAGGACUUGGAGGACAGUUUCAACAUGAAGAACCAGUGGCUCAUUCGCACGCCAAGCAAAUCCUUCCUCGUGGGAGCUCCUACAUGUCAGGAGAAGCAGGAGUGGAUGCAACAUAUUGAAAGUUGCCGGUCCAAAUUGCUGCAGACCAGCAACCGACAACCCGGAUCUACCUUUGCUGUUACUUGGGUCCCAGACAAGGCUUCUGCCAUCUGCAUGCGCUGUUGCAGCACGUUCACUGUGACCCAUCGUCGACACCACUGCAGAAAAUGUGGCUUUGUGGUGUGUAAUUCCUGCUCCAAGCACAGAGCGUUGUUGAGACACAUUCACCCCAAGAAGCGUCAGAGGAUCUGCAGGAUCUGUCACUCCACACUCUCCAACGAUACUCCAGGGUUAGCUCAUGUAAGAGGAGACAGCGUGGAGUCGAGCAGCUCAGGAGAGGAGGACGUGGUCACAUUCAGUGAAGAAGACCACGUAGAGGAGUCCAUGGAGGACCAGGCUCCCACCACGUGGCUGCACUGAUGGACUCCAGGACCUCUGAAUGAAAUCAAAUUGUGACGAUCACAUCUGAAGUGUCACAAUCAUCUUAUAAGUGCUUCAUUGUUUUAAAACACACAGACUUUUGCAAUGAUUCAGUUCAUCUUGUGUUGUUGAAGAUAACAUUGUGGAUAUAUAUUAAGUAUUUUUGGAAUUGUAUAUUUCUGUACAUAUACUUGACAUUGUGCUGGAUUGUGUUUUGUUGUUGCUGCCAUUUGCAGUAUCUGUUACUUGGAGUAUCUUCCUUGCUGGUCUCCAGAAGAUCUCAUCCACUUUUUCAUUUUUAUAGAUUGUUUGCUUAAUAUACAUGGCUUAAUGUGUACUUUGUACAUAACAAAAAGCAUUUGCACUAAAAAAUAUGCCUUUCAAAAGAUCAAUAAAUAAUA